ACGAGCAAGACACGCAUGCGCCGUGGUCUCGCUGCUGCAGAUCACUCGCGAAGAGUCGACGGUGCCAAGGAAACACACAUGCAGACAGAAGGGGACCCAGAUUUCCAGAUUGCCGGAGCGUCCUCCAUUCUUGCAAUUCACCACUAUGAAAAAACGCGUUUCGAAUCGAUUUGAAUCGUUCAAUCUGCAAUAGCUAAUGAGUGAGAAACAGAAGAGAAAGAAGGAGUAAAAAAUCUAAGCAUUAAGAAGGGAGGGACAACGCUAGCCACCCACAGGUGUGUCCCGCUCCAGGUGAGGGCGUCGGUCGGGAGCAGCCAUGCCGCUGGUGAAGAGGAGCAUCGAGCCCAGGCACCUGUGCCGGGGGGCCCUGCCAGAGGGGGUGACCAGCGAGCUGGAGUGCGUGACCAACAGCACCCUGGCCGCCAUCAUCAAACAGCUGGGCAGCCUGAGUAGACAUGCUGAAGACAUCUUCGGGGAGCUCUUCAAUGAGGCCAACAGCUUCUACAUGCGCAUGAACAGCCUGCAGGAGAGGGUGGACCUGCUGGCUGUCAAGGUUACCCAGUUAGACUCCACUGUGGAGGAAGUCUCUUUGCAGGACAUCAACAUGAGGAAAGCCUUCAAGAGCUCCACCAUCCAGGACCAGCAGGUGGUCUCCAGAAACUCCAUCCCCAACCCUGUGAUGGAGAUGUACCACCGCUGCGACAAACCCCCGCCUCUCAACAUCCUCAGCCCGUACAGGGACGACAAGAAGGACGGGCUCAAGUUCUACACAGACCCUUCCUACUUCUUCAACCUGUGGAAAGAGAAGAUGCUCCAAGCCACAGAGGACAAAAGGAAGGAGAAGAGACGUCAGAAGGCAGGCGGGCCGGCCCACUCAGACCAGGCUAGGCCCCAGUCCAGAGAGGCCUCACACAGAAGUCCCCUGUGCAGAUCAGAGCAGAAGCAGGUGGAGGACCCGACCCGCGAGGUGAAGAAGGUCCGCAAGGCCCGGAACCGGCGCCAGGAGUGGAACAUGAUGGCCUACGACAAGGAGUUCCGCCCCGACACCCGCUUCACGCCCUCGCCCUACCAUGGCAUGUCCUCAGAGGGCUCCCUUUCACCCGACAACAGGUCGGUGGCGUCAGACGUGGGGGAGCACUCCUACCCCGCCAGCCCUAACCACCCCUCCCAGCAGGUCAGUGGGUCCAGCUCCUAUUCGGCGGCCGAGGGCAAAGAGCUCCUGACCGCUCCCUCCCAGACCCAGUCCCUGGACCGCGUCUACCGCCCCCCCGUCUCCGCGGCGGGCAGACAGGCCAACUCCCUGGGCCGCGUGCAGCCCCCCCACGCCCCCCCGCCCGCCGACCCCGCCCUCAAUGGCCCCCGCCCACAAGCCAUCAAAGACUACAGCGGCCAACAGAUGCCAGAGUACUUCAUCCCGCCUGCGCCCCCCCCACCUCCUCCUCUCAUCCCCUCCGCCCAGACAGCCUUCGACAGCCCCGCCGCCCCUCCCGCCCUGCCCCCCAGCUCGGUUGCCGCCAUGUCCCGCCCCUACAGCCCCUCCCCUCCGCCCCCGGCACCCCCUGCCUCCUACGUCCCCUCCCCCUCCCAUGCUCCCUCCGGCGGCCCGCCGGUGGCCCCGCCGCCGCCCCCGCCCGGCCCCCCGACCCACGCCCCCUCCCCGGCUCAUGCCGCUGCCCCGGCCCCGGGCGAGGCGCCCCCCAGGAAGGGGCAGGUCCCCCUGAUCCCCAUGAGCGACGCCCGCAGCGACCUGCUUGCAGCCAUCCGCAGAGGUAUCCAGCUGCGCAAGGUGCAGGAGCAGCGCGAGCAGGAGGCCAAGAAGGAGCCCGUGGGCAACGAUGUGGCUACUAUACUGUCGCGCCGCAUCGCUGUGGAGUACAGCGAGUCGGACGACGACUCCGAGCUGGACGAGAACGAGUGGUCAGACUGAGGGAGGGGGCGACGUGAAAGGGGGAGGGGUUUUGGGGGGGAGGAGGGAGGCACACACCUAAAAUCGGCUGCUUUUUACAGUGUAUUUUGACGGGGUGUAGCACUGUACAUCUGAUAGUGUAAACUGCAACAUGAUCCGGAGAAUGAAGAGAGGGAAGAGACACACAUGCAUGCACACACACACUCUCACACAUACACACAUACUCGCACUCAAAACACAAACGCUCACAUAAGUACACAGUCAUACACAUACUAAACCACACACUUACACAUAAGCGCACACUCAUACACAU